AUGCUAACAGCAAUUGGUUUAUGGCCCUAUCAAACACCGAUUGUUAUGCAAGUGCAAUCUGUGUUCUUCCUUGGUGUAUAUUGUUUCACUCUUUUGUUUCAGUUCCUUCAAUUAAUAACAUUCACAAGAAAUAUUAAUCAAGCAUUUACAGUUGCUAUAUUGAUAUUCCUACAUUUGAAUUAUAUGUUUGUUGCUAAUUACGGUGGACAAGAAUUAUUAAAUCAUGGUCUAAAAUUAUUCAAAGCAACCUAUAAUGGACUAUGGUAUGCAGCGCCGUUACGUACCCAAAAAUUAUUAUUAUUUAUAAUGCAAAAGGGAACAACAAACGUCAGUUUAACAUGUGGCGGUGUAUUUGUUGCAUCUUUAGAAGGUUUUGCUACGCUUGCAAAUGCAACAGUAUCCUACUUUACAUUGAUUUAUUCUACACGAUAG